GCAGGUGCUGUUUGUGAUUUGACGAUAAUAUUCAUUAUUGUAUGGCAUCUUUUGGAGAUCACACCGUGCCAACAUAUGAUGAACACUCUGACGUCCAAUUUCAGCAUGGCGUCAAAAUGAUAAGCGAACAUUUGAAACUUCAGCCUGGAGAGCGUGUUUUAGAUCUCGGUUGCGGAACAGGACGACUGUCUAUGGAGCUGCUUACACGAGUCGGAUCUGGUGGAACAGUCAUUGGUCUAGACCCUAAUGAAGAACGCAUUUUAGCAGCUCAAGCCAAAGUGUCAGAAGAAAUGAAUAACCUAGCCUUUAUUCAUGGAAUGUGCAGCGACGCUGUUGGUCUCGGGCCUUUUGAUGCUGUCUUUAGCAAUUAUGUUAUGCAUUGGAUUCAUGAUCAUCCAACGACUUUUAAGCAAUUGUUUGAUUGCUUGAAACCAGGUGGUCGUCUAGUGUUUCUCACUGCAGGGUCCAAGUUACCGACUUUACUUGAGAGUACCAUCAAACUAGCAACAGGUCAAGACUGUUGCACUCUACUCGGUAUCACCACGGGUUCUGUUGACUAUUGGGAGUCGCAGUGUGUGAAUGCUGGGCUGUCUGUUGAAUUUAGUGAAGACUUAGUCUUGUGUCCAAAAAUGCCAUCAAUUGAGGCAUUCUUUAAGGCUGUAUCUGCAGUAUCAUCUGGUGUUUUCAAGUCGUCUAUGUUGACUGAGCAGAACAUUAGAGAUCUUUGUGAUCGACAUGGUUUCAGGAGAAAUUCUGAAAUUGUGGUUGAAAUGCCUGUUGUCAAGAUACUUGCAAAGAAACUUGAAUAGCAUUGUUGCCAAUUGCUGGUGUAGAUGGACAUGUCUGCUGUACAUCAAAAAGUACCUAAAUUUUCUGAACUCUAGUCAGACUUCUAUUUUUACCAAGAAGGGGUAUACAUAGCUGCAAACAUGGUCAUCACACUGGCAGAUGUGUGUUCUCCGUAAUUUUUAUAUAUUCGCAAUAAAUAUACCUCUA